GCCAAUACAUUGCCGAUCAAAACACCCUCAGAGCCUCUUCGCCCACCAUGGCUUCGUAGGAUUUGGAGCUCCGAGCAAUAUCAAAUUCUCCCACGCUGUUUCGAUUUUUUCCCCCCAAUUUUCCCAAAUUCGCAACACCAUUUCAAGAUUCAAGGUAGAUUAUCCAAUUGUUCCCUUGGAAUUUGCAUUUGCCCUUUAUGUGCUAUAGCACCACGUCUUUGUCAUGCACCACUCUCUGUUCUAUAUUUUUCGCUAUAAGAAUGUGCUGGAAUUAGUGCAAUGGCAACAUCCGCCAAGUUUGAUCUAUCUUCCAGAAGCCCAGAUAGACCAUUGUACACUGGGCUGCGUGGAUCCCACGUAGCUGGUUCCUUAGAUAGAUCGGGUAGCUUUCGUGAAAGCAUAGAAAAUCCAAAUCUGUCGACUCUUCCAAACAUGUCUAGAAGCAGUUCUUCAGCAACACAAGGGGAUGUAAUGAGCUUCUUCAAUUGUGUGCGUUUCGAUCAAAAGUUGGUAGCUCCAGAGCAUAAGUCUAAUCGUCAAACAGAUUAUAAACGACAUGUCAGUGCUGCUUUUGGAGUUUCACCUGAUGAAUCUGCUUCUAGUUCUGUAAAAGGCAAGCAAUUGCCAUCCCCAGCACCAGAAGAUAUCAAACGACUCAGGGAUGGUUUACACGCAAACUUUAGAAGGGCAAGGGAGCGUGCUAAAAUGUUCAGUGAAGCCUUAUCUAGAUUCAACAAAGAUUUCCCAAAUAUAACUUCAAAGAAGAGAUCUCGGGCCGAAAGUUUUUCUACUGACCGUUCUAGUUUCAUGUUAAGUGAUCGGUCUGUCUUGGGGCCGAGCAUAAGUAAGGUUGGAGUUCAAGGUCAUCCUGUCACAGGUGGUUUUGAACACGAGCAGCAAAAGUUAGAAGAAAGAACCAAAACUGUUGUCCCAAACAAGCGCACUAGAACUUCUUUGGUUGAUAUAAAGAUGGAUGUGCGGACUACUUCUCUUGUCAGGCCAUCUGGGACUGUAGACAGAGAUAAAGAAAUGCUACGGGUUGUCAAUAAUGGCGCGGUCCAGGGUGAGGAACGAACUUUACCGAUUGGAGGUGAUGGUUGGGAAAAGUCAAAAAUGAAGAAGAAGCGUUCUGGCAUCAAACCGGAUGGAUCUUCAAGUCCAGCAUUGACAAAACCUGUUAAUAUUUUCCAGGAAACUAAACAAGGAAUUCAACAAAGACUAACUACUGAUUCUCGGUCGAAAUUGAGUAGUGAUUCUCAUUCUUUCAGGCCAGGAGUUUCUAAUGGAUCUGUCGGAGCUGGAAAACCAGACGCCAUCUCUCAACAAACUGGGUUGGGGAUACGCGUCUCUACCCCUAAAAUUGAUCUGGACAACAAUUCUGCUGUCAAUGAGAGGCGGGAUCGUACUGUCCAUUCAGACAAGGAAAGGGUGAAUUUCAGAGCUGUUAACAAGGCAACUGUUCGUGAUGAAUAUAAUUCAGCUAGUCCUAAUUCAAGUGCAAAAAUUAAUACUAUUCGGGCACCACGAUCAGGUUCGGGAGUUGCCCCGAAGUUGUCUCCAGUUGUCCACAAAACAGCGGUUCCCAAUGAUGGGGAACUGUCUCAUGGUAGCCCCAAGCCCCCUGCUGGUGCUGGCACUACCAAUCGCAAACGUGCGGCAUCAGCACGAUCAUCUUCCCCACCUGUUGUCAAAUGGCAGAGGCCGCAAAAGAGCUCCCGCACUGCCAGAAGAACAAAUUUGGUGCCUGUUACUUCAAGUAAUGACGAUUCCCCUGCUUUGGAUUCUGUAUCUGAUGUGACUGGCAAUGAUCUUGGGUUGGGAUUUCCCAAACGUUUGACUGGCAGUUCUCCUCAGCAAAUCAAAUCAAAAGGGGAAUCUGUAUCUUCAGCUGCCUUAUCUGAAAGUGAAGAGUCAGGGGUGGCUGAGAUUAAAUCUAAAGAGAAGGGAAGGAAGCCAGAAGAGAUAGAUCAUAAAGCUGGACAAAGUGUUCAAAAGGUUUCUAACUCGGUCCUUCCAACAAGAAAAGGUAAAUUUGCCUCCGGGAACGAGCCUGGAGAUGGGGUUCGGAGGCAAGGGAGGACAGGGCGCAAUUCUCCUGCCACAAGGUCACUGAUGCCAAAGUCAUCAGAGAAGCUCGGAAACAUAAAGCAACUUAGAAGUUCAAGACAAGGAUUUGAGAAGAGUGAAAGCAGGGCAGGUCGUCCACCAACUAGGAAACUUUCUGAUCGUAAGGCAUAUGCACGUCAAAAGCAUACAGCUCUUAAUGCAUCAGCAGAUAUUCUUGAUGAUGGACAAGCAGAGCUAUUGGCUGCUGUAAAGGGUGUUAUCAGCUCUGCUCAUGCUUUUCCUACCCAAUUCUGGAGGCAGAUGGAGUCUUUCUUCAGUUUGAUAACUGAGGAGGAUAUUACUUACUGGAAACAACAGACAAAUAUUGAAUCAAGCCCAUUGAUGCCAACUCCAGUACCUUCAAAUAUAGAUGAUUGUGAAGCUGUUGUUAAUGGAUUUGGGUUGGCUAGAUGUGAAAGCGAUAUUGGACAUGGUGCUGAAAGGGGUGCUGGAAUUGUUACAGAACAGUUACAACUAUCUAAAGGAGAUCGUAAUGUAAUUCCCCUCAGUCAAAGGAUGAUAUCUGCUUUAAUUUCAGAGGAGCGUGGUAGUGAAAAUGAAGAUUACAAGUUUGAUGUGUGUGAUAAGGAAUUUGAGGCAGAUGAGGAGUUGGAACUGAGCAGUUUGGAUCCCUACCUACGAGCUAAUGAUCAGUUUGCAUGUCAUUCUGCUUACAACGGUUAUAGGAUAACUGGGAAGCGAAAACAUGUUGAUACAGAAAAUGAUAUUUCAUCUCCUGACUUGAAUUCAAGCCAGCCUACCUUGACCUGUUCAGGGUUGGAAUACAAUACCUUGGAUUUGAAUGAAAAGCUUCUCUUGGAGCUUAAAAGCAUUGGAAUUGCCCCAGAACCAGAUUCCGGAACGUCACGAACAGAUGAUGAAGGAAUUUGUCAGGAUAUCACUAGGUUAGAGGAGGAUUACCAAAAACAGAUGUGCAAGAGGAAAGGCAUGCUAGAUGGAUUGGUGAAAUCUGCCUCAGUGGCCAAAGAACUUCAAGAAAAGGAUUUUGAACAACGUGCUCUGGACAAACUUCUUGAGAUGGCUUAUGAGAAAAACAAGGGCUGUCGGCGUCCAAGUUCCUCAAGUGCAAAAAGUGCAAGCAACAGAUUGGCCAAGCAAGCUGCGCUUGAAUUUGUUAAGCGUACAUUGGAAAGAUGUAAACAAUUUGAAGAUACAGGCAAGAGCUGCUUCAACGAGCCCAAAUUCAAGGAUAUGUUCCUUGCUGCUUCUUCCCAGCUGAGCGCUGUUCGGCUAGUUGAAGGCACGGAGACUGAAUCCACAAAGCCACAAGCUUCUCCCUUUUCUUCUGAAGCAAGAACAGGUUAUGUGGCUUCACGGCAGUGUCCUUCACUAUUUAGUCAAAAUAUGAAUAACCAUGAUAUCAAUUCACCAGAUAUUCUUCCAGCUAUAAAUAACUCAUCCAAACAAACUAGCGGGAAGGAAGAUUUUUGGUCAAACAGGGUGAAGAAAAGGGAAUUGUCCCUUGAUGAUGUUGGUGGUACUUCAAGUGCUCCAUCAGGAGUUGGCGGUUCGCUAUCAAGCAGUGCAAGAGGGAAGAGGAGUGAGAGAGACAGAGAUGGAAAAGGGCAGAGCAGGGAAGUGCUAUCCAGAAAUGGAAAUACCAAAGUUGGCCGGCCAGCAUUAUCUAAUGCUAAGGGAGAAAGGAAACCUAAAUCUAAGCCUAAGCAGAAAGCAUCUCAGCAUUCUGUUUCUGUAAAUGGCCUCCUUGGCAAGCUAUCAGAUCAUUCUAAACCAGAGUUGCCUUCUGUUUCGAAGUCUAAUGAAAUGUCUACUAACAGCAAUACCAAGGAAAAGGGUGUGUUUGGCUCGGGUGAAUCGGAUGACCAUGAGCCUAUUGAUCUCUCGAACCUGCAGCUUCCUGGAAUAGAUGUACUUGAUGGCCAAGGUCAAGAUUUUGGUUCAUGGUUGAAUAUUGAUGACGAUGGAUUGCAUGAUAAUGACUGUAUGGGCCUUGAAAUUCCCAUGGAUGACCUUUCAGACUUGAAUAUGACAUUAUGAUAGUUUAAACUUCUUUGUACAGCAGCUUUCUAUACCAAUGACAACGGAAACAAAGUACUUUUAAGAAAUGACUAGUUACAUAGGAUAGUCUUAUGGCUAAUCCUGGCCUCAAUUAGGUUAUAUAGAUUCUUUGGUAGACUCCCAUCUCCUAGUUGUUUUUUGAGUGACCUUUUCAACUGUUUCGGAUUUUGCUAGUGUCGAAGUUCAUAACUUCCUCUGUAAAGAUCUUUCUGUUGAAGGUACAAGUUAGUGUUCCCAGUGAUUAUGUUAAUAAACAUGGUCCUGGUUGUAGCAGUUACAAAUCAGACAGUAAGGCCUUUGUACAUACAUUUGAUAUUUCUAAUAAAAUCAGCUUUCAUUUACUGAA